CUCGUGGCUUCCAUCCAACUGGAGGAGAUCACAUCGCGCGCAUUACCCACCGGCAGCGCAGUUGCAUGUUAUCCUAUCCAGCGCGAGCCUGGUACGAGAUAUCUACCGCUGCCGGCUACCGGGAUCUUCCUUUAUAUAGACGGAGACAAAACAAAACAACCACAUUCAACUAACGGGGAGACAUCCAGAACUUCCUUUUUUUCUCUCCUUCUUCUCGCGCCCUGGGUCAGGCUUAACCAUCCCUUGUCAUCUUAGAAUCUGAAGCCAAUUGAAGUGAUCAUCGCGUGAGCCACAGAGAGCUUUACUAUAUAACCUGGCUGUUGCAACACCAUGACAGGCGAGAAGAAAGUCUCCGUAAUCAAUGGCAAACCAGAGGACGCCCUGGACCCAGAGUCAGCCAACGACAAGAAGCCGGUCAACGAGAGGGGCCACUGGAACAACAAGAUUGAGUUUGUCCUGUCCGUGGCCGGAGAGAUCAUAGGGCUGGGAAACGUGUGGCGCUUCCCCUACCUAUGUUACAAGAAUGGAGGAGGUGCAUUCUUCGUACCCUAUAUUAUCUUCUUCAUAUGCUGUGGCAUCCCAGUGUUCUUCCUGGAGACAGCUCUGGGACAGUUCACCAGCGAAGGAGGCAUCACAUGUUGGAGGAAAUGCUGCCCGCUCUUUGAGGGUAUUGGCUAUGCAACCCAGGUGAUCGUGGCCCAUCUGAAUGUGUACUACGUGGUCAUCCUGUCCUGGGCUAUCUUCUACCUGUUCAACUGCUUCACCACUGAGCUACCCUGGGCUUCGUGCGAUCACUACUGGAACACAGAGAACUGUGUGGAUUUCCAGAGGAACGGCACCAAUUUCACCUUCAACCCCAACGCCACCUCACCUGUCGUAGAGUUCUGGGAACGUCGUGUCCUCAAGAUCUCCAGUGGGAUUGAACACAUCGGGAAGCUCCGCUGGGAACUGGUUCUGUGUCUGGCUCUGGCAUGGGUCAUAUGUUACUUCUGCAUAUGGAAAGGACCCAAAUCCACCGGAAAGGUGGUGUAUGUAACUGCUACCUUCCCCUAUGCCAUGCUGCUGGUCCUGCUGAUCCGAGGGGUGACUCUGCCGGGGGCGUGGGAAGGGAUCAAGUUCUACCUGUACCCCGACAUCUCCCGCCUCUCAGACCCACAGGUGUGGGUGGAUGCUGGGACUCAGAUCUUCUUCUCCUAUGCCAUCUGUCUGGGGUGCCUGACGGCCCUGGGGAGCUACAACAGCUAUGACAACAACUGCUACCGGGACUGCAUCAUGCUGUGCUGUCUGAAUAGUGGAACCAGCUUCGUGGCGGGCUUCGCCAUCUUCUCUGUGCUUGGCUUCAUGGCGUUAGAACAGGGUGUGCCCAUCGAGGCCGUGGCAGAGUCUGGCCCGGGCUUAGCCUUCAUAGCGUACCCUAAAGCUGUGACCAUGAUGCCUCUGUCUCCUCUGUGGGCGUGCCUCUUCUUCAUGAUGCUCAUCUUCCUGGGGCUGGACAGCCAGUUUGUGUGUGUAGAGAGCCUGGUGACGGCGGUAAUAGACAUGUACCCAGAGACCUUCAGGAGAGGCUACCGUCGAGAGAUGCUCAUCCUGGGCUUGUCUAUAUGCUCCUUCUUCCUGGGGCUCAUCAUGUUGACAGAGGGUGGAAUGUACGUGUUCCAGCUGUUUGACUCGUACGCGGCCAGCGGAAUGUGCCUGCUGUUUGUGGCCAUCUUCGAGUCAAUAUGUAUCGGCUGGGUAUACGGUAGUGACAGGUUCUAUAUGAACAUCGAGGAUAUGAUUGGAUACCGGCCUGCCAUCUUCAUCAAAUGGUGCUGGAUGCUGCUAACCCCAGGCAUCUGUGCUGGUAUCUUCCUGUUCUUCCUGAUUAGGUACAAGCCUCUGAAGUACAACAACGUGUAUAUCUACCCAGACUGGGGCUAUGGGAUAGGCUGGAUGAUGGCCCUGUCCUCCAUGGUCUGCAUCCCCCUGGGAGUCAUCAUACAGCUCUGGAAAACACCCGGAACCUUCUCAGAGAGGAUGACUUUCCUGACCACCCCCAGUCCAGAUCUGGUGAUGAGAGGUAAACUGGCUGGUAUGAGCCCCUUCACCAUCAGACCCAAGCCCAGCAAAGAGUCAAAGAAAGCUGCAAAGAUCUCUACCAUCACAGAGAAGGAGACCCACUUCUAACGCUCCUCUAGUCCGACCUCUGUCUGUCUGUCUGGCCCCAACCACAACCACAAUGAAGACAACAACAACAACAACAACAACAACCACAACA